CCCACCUCCUCAGCGCCCAUUGGCUGCCGCGUGCGUCCGGGCUGGGAGGGGGGGACGCGGCGGCCGCUCCCUCCCGCGCCGGAAAAGGGGCGGGCGACGUCGCGAAAUCCCCAGCUGUCGGGCAUCACCCUGCACGUCCCCCACGUACGGAGCCGGCGCCGGGCGGGAGGCUGUGUCUAGGGCGCACUGUCACGGGUGGCGGCGCCGUGCCUAAGAGCGGGUGGGCGGGAUGCAGGCAGAGAGGUGCGGGGCGCCGCCGGGCGGGUACGAGAGACCCCGAAGGGUUUGCUGCGGAACAGGGCACAGCUUGGAGGACGGGGUGGGGUUAGGAACGAGGCAGCUGGCUCCUUCCUCGGCAAUUAGGGCUCUCCCCGGGGAUCCCCGUGGGUGGGGAGGCGGCUUGCAGAAGUGGGCGUGGAAAGCGAGCGGAAGCGGGAACCAGGCGGCCUCGCCAUCCUUGCACCCGAGUCUCUGCGCUUGCCGGCGUUCGCGGGUCCAGUGCGGCGUCCCACCUUCGUCCUCUGCGGCAGUGCAUCACCCCACCCUGGGCCUCCCGGCUCAUAUCUCAGGCUGGCGAGUUUGUAUUGCUAAACCCAAAGUGCCAGCCCCUGAGUCACCCGAUCCUGUGACUCUCCCCGAGGGCGGAGACUUGGGCACCGGGACACGGUUAGUCCCCAUUCUCUCGGCCUGCUCUUCCUCUUGGGCAUUCAGAACCACCGGGGUCGAGGGUAUAGUUCAGGCGCCUCCCAGGUGCUGUCUUUUUCACUUUUCCGGAGAAAGUUAUGCGGAGCAGUACCUUACCAGACCACAAGAGCUCAAACAUACAGAAGUGGCUACUAUCCUGACUCAACAGAAUUCCACCAAUUCCCGUCUGACUCACAGCAUUCGGAAGUUAACUGCAGCAGUGAUCUCCAACAGAUGGACACGUACCUCAGCACCUGGGAGCACACCACACAAUAACAGCAAUAGUGUUUGCACAACGUUGACAGUUUACAGAGCAGUUUCUCAUUUAUUGCCUCAUUUCUCCUGA